CCGCCCCCGGCGGUUCCCUGCACCCCGCGGCCGCGAGCACUGGCUUCCGGUCCCGGCUUGGGCGCCGGCUGGGCAGCCCCCCGUGCGCUCCGAAGCGGUGGUGGGCCCUCCGGGAGCCUGGUGCCCCGGGACGCCGGCGCCUUCGCGCGGGGGCCAUGAACGGGACGGCCAACCCGCUGCUGGACCGCGAGGAGCACUGCCUGCGGCUCGGCGAGAGCUUCGAGAAGCGGCCGCGCACCUCCUUCCACACCAUUCGCUAUGACUUCAAACCAGCCUCUAUUGACACGUCCUGCGAAGGAGAGCUUCAGGUGGGCAAGGGAGAUGAAGUAACAAUCACGCUGCCACACAUCCCUGGCUCCACGCCACCAAUGACCGUGUUCAAGGGGAACAAAAGGCCGUAUCAGAAAGACUGUGUGCUUAUCAUCAACCACGACACCGGGGAGUAUGUGCUGGAGAAACUCAGUAGCAGCAUCCAGGUCAAGAAAACACGAGCGGAGGGUAGCAGUAAGAUCCAAGCUCGGAUGGACCAGCAGCCGGCCCGUCCCCCACAGCCGUCACAGCUACCGCCACCUCCGCCACCACCGCCGCCGCCACCGCCACCCCCACCUAUGCCCUUCAGAGCCCCAACGAAGCCUCCAGCUGGACCCAAAACUUCUCCCUUGAAAGAUAACCCCUCACCUGAACCUCAGCUGGAUGACAUCAAAAGAGAGCUGAGGGCCGAGGUCGACCUUAUCGAGCAGAUGAGCAGCAGCAGCGGCAGCAGCUCCUCGGACUCGGAGAGCUCCUCGGGCAGCGACGACGAUGACAGCUCCAGCAGCGGCGGGGAGGAGCACGGCCCCGCCUCGCCGCCACCCCCGCCGCCGGCCUCGCACCAGCAGUCCUACGGCGGCCGGCCGGACGUGGCCAACGGGACCGGCCGGCCCCAGGGAAGCAGCCAGCUCAUGAACACCCUCCGGAAUGACCUGCAGCUGAGUGAGUCUGGCAGUGACAGCGAUGACUAGAGCUGGAGCUUUGGGAAUCAGCCGGUUGGGUCACAGACGCGCCUCACGCCGGGGCGACUUGAGCGUGGCGCCCAUAGCCAAGAGGCCGGCGCCUCGGAGACACCUGCGUUUCCGGAGCCCUCGUAUCCAAGUCCUUCAACUUAGUGGUGAUGGGUGACUUCCCCGUGUAAUCUCCUGUUCCCAAGUUUCAGUAGAGCUAGAGAAGAACUUUCAGAAUUGCAUUUCUACUUGGUUAACACCGUUCCUAAAAACCAGCCAGAGGGGCCCUCCGGGGCUCCGGCCACGCCUUCCCCAGGCCAGCGAUGAGGCGGUUUCAAACCUCAGCCACCACGCAGUCGGCAGAGAUGAGACACUGUCUUGGAGGGCCCCAAGAGUGGGGGGGGCCACACAGUGCCCCGUCAAAGUUUGUUCUCAAACCACUUUAAAUCAUCGACACGAAAGUGGUAAGGAAGCUUCGUGUACCCCAAUGUGUAGAAGGGGACUCACCGGUGGGCAGCUGCCGGGCCCCCUCCCCCGACCUCUGUUCGUCCCCGCCCUCACCUCUGCUCUGUGGUGGCCUCCUGCUCCCGCUCCAGGCUUUCCCCACUGUUUCCUUCCUGGAAUUCCCUUUAUCGGAGCCAGAGAUUCUCCCUCGUGGGACUGAUGUGUCCCCUUGGAACUGGACUUGGCGUCCGGCUCAGACUCGGUUCCCCACAGGUCCCGAACUCGCGGUGCGGGUCGAGCCGGCAAACACGGCAGCCAACUCGGUGACUCAGUUGAAUCGGGUCCUUUAGUUCCGUGUCU